UAUCGCUUGCAAACACCCAAGCAACAAACGAGUGCAGUUUCCACCACCGACUAGCAAUAAAAGGCAGCGCGUGCGCACAUCCAAAAGGCGGAGUGUUUCCAUCAGGCGAGAGGGAAACAGUCUCGCGCACGCGCAUUGUCUCCCGAGACGCAAGCGCUCGAGAAUCGCGCAGGCGCAAUGGCAAGAGCGAGUGCCGAGGGUUUCGAGAGGGCCGGAGACGAGUGCGUUAACCGGUUUUAAGAAAAAGGCUUUGACAAUGUGACAGCUGGGGUCAUCAUGUCUGCUCUGUGUCCUCCUCCGUCUCCUGCUGUUGCCAAAACUGAGAUCGCAUUGAAUGGAGAGUCACCACUACUGGCUGCUACUUUUGCCUACUGGGAUAACAUUCUUGGUCCCAGGGUCAGACACAUCUGGGCGCCAAAAGCAGAGCAGCAGUUUCUCAGUGAUGGAGAAAUAACAUUUCUUGCAAACCACACUCUGAACGGGGAAAUACUUCGGAAUGCAGAGAGCGGUGCAAUAGAUGUGAAAUUUUUUGUUUUGGCCGAGAAAGGAGUAAUUAUUGUGUCCUUAAUUUUUGACGGAAACUGGAACGGGGACAGAAGUACCUAUGGACUUUCGAUUAUACUUCCGCAAAGUGAGCUUAGCUUCUACCUUCCCCUGCACAGAGUGUGUGUUGACAGGCUGACACACAUUAUAAGAAAAGGAAGGAUAUGGAUGCAUAAGGAAAGGCAAGAACACAUACAGAGGGCAGUAGUGGAGGGCACAGAGAGAAUGGAAGAUCAGGGUCAGAGCAUCAUUCCAAUGCUGACAGGCGAAGUUAUUCCUGUAAUGGAACUCCUUUCAUCUAUGAAAUCACACAGUGUUCCAGAAGAAAUAGAUAUAUGUGACACAGUGCUCAGUGAUGAUGAUAUUGGAGAUAGCUGUCAUGAAGGUUUUCUCCUGAAAGCCAUCAGUUCACACCUGCAGACCUGUGGUUGCUCAGUAGUUGUAGGAAGCAGUGCAGAAAAAGUUAAUAAGAUCGUGCGGACUCUGUGCCUCUUUCUUACAUCAGCAGAGCGAAAGUGUUCCAGGCUCUGUAGAAGUGAAACUUCCUUCAAGUAUGAGUCAGGACUUUUUGUGCAAGGCUUGCUCAAGGAUGUGACUGGAAGUUUUGUGCUACCUUUCCGACAAGUGAUGUAUGCUCCAUAUCCUACCACUCAUAUUGAUGUAGAUGUCAACACAGUGAAGCAGAUGCCUCCGUGCCAUGAACAUAUCUAUAAUCAGCGGCGAUACAUGCGAUCUGAGCUAACAGCAUUUUGGAGAGCCACUUCAGAUGAGGAGAUGGCUCAGGAUACCAUUAUCCAUACAGAUGAAAGCUUCACUCCUGACCUGAAUGUUUUUCAAGAUGUCCUGCACCAAGACACUCUAGUAAAAGCGUUCCUGGAUCAGGUCUUUCAUUUAAAACCCGGGCUGUCCCUGAGAAGCGUGUUCCUUGCUCAGUUCCUAUUAGUUCUUCACAGAAAAGCCUUAACGCUCAUUAAAUACAUAGAAGAUGACACGCAAAAAGGUAAAAAGCCUUUCAAGUCUCUCCGAAGUUUGAAGAUAGACCUGGACUUGACAGCAGAGGGCGAUCUUAACAUAAUAAUGGCAUUAGCUGAGAAGAUCAAGCCUGGCUUACAUUCCUUUCUCUUUGGCCGACCUUUCUACACUAGCGUGCAGGAACGGGAUGUUCUCAUGGCAUUUUAAAGAUGCUUUGUUUGUGAUCUGUAUUGCUAGGACUCUGCAAGGCUGUUCAAAGGCCAUAGAGACAGACAUGCAGAGUUGCUGUUUGAGGCACAUUCUGCCGUUCCCUGCCAUUUAAUGCGAUGUACACUACAGCCUAAAGGAGAAAGGGGCACUAGUGCUAUAAUGAGUCUAGUCACUUCAGUUUAGGUACAUAUCAAAGGCUCCAUUUUGUUUAUAGUGAGAGCAGAAUGUUGUUGGGGUAUUUCUAAUACAAUCAAUCUGUGGUAGUUUCUAAACCACCAAGUAAGGUUGUGGUUUAUAUUUAAACAAGAGAGCUUUUUUUUUUAAAUGGCUCUUAAGAAAUUGCACUGCAUUUAACACUUUUUCUUCAGUUUGCUUUGCAUGGAUGGCUUUGCAUGGAUGGUUGGGCACAUUUGUCCACUCCCUAAUUGUGAACUGUAAAACAAAUUUCAGGUGUGGUUUUGAAGAUAUUUUCUGGUGUGCUUGACAACAUGAACAGUAGUGUCUGCACGGCCUAUACACAUACUCGGAAAGUCACCAGAAACCUAUGAUAACAUCUAAGCAUGUAAACCGACAUGGAAAAUGCAGGUGUAUUCUUACAACAGGCAAAACUGGACCUGACUCUGCAGAAUGCUAUUUUUAGACUGGGUCACAAAUUACACUGUGUCCCAGUGCCAAGUAAGGCUAUUCAGUUGCAGAUUUAUGCUGAUUAUGUUAGAUCAUCAGGCAUACUACAGGAUUUAAUGAGUAGCAUAACUUCCAAGCACAAAAUAGAAACAUGAGGUUCUGUGUUGGAGAGAGCAGUUGCCAAGCUUUGUCUAAUAAACUGUUGAGUAAAAUCUGGCUAAAUCCUACAUUCUUGUGCUCAUAUUCUUUUUGAAAAAUAUUUAAAUAGCCAAACUUGGUGGAUUUGAAGUCAAUGGGAAUGGCGGUAAUGACACAAUUCUGGUCUGUUAGAUGUUGGUCUUCAUCUCUAGCACAUUUAUAUCUCUUCUGUUGCUCCCCCCCCCAAUAUGGGGAGUGUUGAUAUAUAUUUGCCUACAUUUGUAUCAUCGUCUAUAUGUGUCUGGUGCAGUGUGUUGGUUUUAUAAAAUAACAGAAAGUUGGCCAUCUGCAUGUCACACUGUAUUUGAUGUGAUGUUAUAGUGCAUGCUGCUGUUUCAUCCCCUAAUACAGGUGUCUGCUUCUCUAAGUGCAAUAUUUUUGUAUUCUUCUGUGGCUUGGGAAAUUCAGUGUGUCAAAAAUCUCUGUGCACAUUUAGCCAAGGGUUUUGUUAGCCAUUUUGGAGCAUUGUGUAAAUUGAGUUUUUAAUGUUCUGAAAGCCUGUCAUCUGUUGUGAUUCAGUGACUGUGCUUCAUUCAUGAGAUUGGGUGGAUGAAAUUCCAUGCUACAUGAGUAGGGAAACGGUGUGUUCAUAUGCCAGUCAUUCCCUAUUAGUAUGGCAGUUUCUAUUUGGAUGACGUUCAGCUUGUAUAUCAAAGCCCCACAGAUUUCUGGAAACAAUAUUACAAUGUCAAAAUAUUGCUGGGGGAGUGGCUAGUGAGGAGGGAGCUGCCAAAGCGUAUAACCUUGUGGGCAGUGGUCAAGGCAGGAAACAAUAAAGAUACCUUCCUUCUAGCUCGAUGUGACUUGAAAUCAAAAAUACAUCCCAAUGUGAGUGGUUGAACAUUGUUCUGGUGACCUAACACACACACCCCUUGCAUAAUAAGGCUUAAGCCACACGUAGCUUUGGUGCCAAAGCCAGGAGCCCCGGGCAGCUUUUUGAAGUUUUUGUGCAAAAACUUUAAUGCAAGGGAUUGAUGUCUUUUUCUGUUUAUCUAAUUGAUAUGUUUGGGAGGAAAGCUGCAAGAUACCUGAAAUAAUUACUUUCUUCUGAAUUCUGUUAUGAUGUUGUUUAUCUGACAUGUUAAUGUAAGAAAGCCUAUACAACUGUGCAAAGACAGCGCAUGUAAAUUAGCUAAUUUUAUUGCAAAUCACUGUGUACUUUGUUUACACAUGUAAUUGUACACUAAGGUUGCACUAGUGUUUGGUAUGUGUUUUGGGAAUGGCUGGGUGGUGGUUUGAAACAAAUGUGGUAUCUACUUACCUAUGUAUCCAGGGUGUCUGUAUAUUUUUUCAUACUUCUAGAAUUCUGUAUAGUAAGAUACCAGAAAAAUCAGUGUCCAUUAUUGCUGACAUAAUAUAGUGAUAAGAUACAAACUCUAUCUGCUGUUUUAUAUUACAAAGUUGCACAAUAUGGUGUUAAGGGUUGCUAAUUAUUUUUAAUGUUACUUCUUAAAGUGGUUUACAUGACUUUAGAGUUCUCUUGAAGUGCUAGAGAAGUUCACACGCAGAUUGCAUUACAGAAGCAUGUGCUUAAUAAUUUUAGCUUUCCUUAUGGAAAAUAUGUCAUUGACAUUACUAAAAGAAGAAAGUGCUGUUGCCUGAAACACACCAUAAAGUCCAGUUUUCACUUUGGAACAUCUAAAUACCAAAAACAUGCUCAAAUUUUGAUGCACUUUUGUUCGGC